UCUAUACUCCCCUCACUCCCCCCGACGUUCUUUCCACCUCCGGACAGGGUACACAGUCAAGAUGAUUCAAUUAAAGACAAUGCUCAACUGCAUCGACAACUCCGGCGCCGCCGUUGUCGAGUGCGUGAAUGUCCUGAAAAAGAAGCGCCCCGCCACCGUUGGUGACCGCAUUGUGGUCGUGGUCCAGAAGCAACGAAAUUUCGGCCCCGACAGCAGCAACAACGUCGGUAUCGCAAACAAGGUUCGCCGAGGAGAUAUUCGCCAUGCUGUCGUUGUCCGCGCGGCCAAGGAAAUGCAGCGCCCGGAUGGUUCGAUCGUCAAGUUCGAUGACAAUGCCUGUGUUCUCGUCAACAAGUCCGGAGACCCCAUCGGAACAAGAAUGAACGGUGUCGUGGCUACGGAACUACGAGGACGACAGUGGUCGAAGAUCCUGUCGUUGGCGCCGAUGCAUGUGUAGGAUAUACCUUUUAUUUGGAAGCGAAUUGUUCUUAUAUUUAUCCCGUUUG